GCCUGAGCUCACCCAAUUCAUAAUAAGAUGAAGCGGUCCCUUUGCUAUUGGAAUAUAAUGAAUCUAGAGUGAGACUUGCUGCUGGUGAGGUGGCAGGUGUCCUGUGUGCUGUGGGGGGUGAGGGUAUGUGUAGGGAGGUGCUACCCUACAUCACUGGAGGAAUAGAGGGCAACCUGGAGCGAGACAGUGGAGAGGUUGACACUCAACUGACCCAGAAACUGAGCCAAUCCUCCUCCUCCUCCUCUCCUGAGAAUAGCCACACCGAAGACAGAACAGAGAGAACUGGAUCUCCCACAGCAGCUGAAGUGUUUCAUGACUCCGCAGGCUGGAGACACCUCGAGACAUACAUGAUGGCACUACAGCAUGUGGUGGAGAAGUGUGGCAUUGCCUUUGAACCACAUCUGACCUCUGACCUCUUCCAGCUGGUGUUCACAUGUGUGAGUCACACCAACAGGUUUGUUAGAGAGACUGGCCACAGAGUCAUCCCCGCCUUCAUCUCCAUUCCUGGGUUGUCUACUGCCAGUGUGUCAGCCUUUUGGCCUGACAUUACCAGAAACUUGGCCAAAGGUCUCUCUGAUAAUUGGAGUCAGGUGAGGAUGUCAUCCUCAGUGGCGACACGAGUGUUCCUGACUCAGCUGCCAUCUCUUGAGGCAAGAGAACCUUACUUUCCAUCCCUCCUACCUCCCCUCUGCCUCAACAGGCAUUAUGUAGCUGAAGGUGUGAGGCUGUACUGCCAGGAGACGUGGAAAUUAGUCACAGAAAUGAAAGGAGUUCAACUUGUUGAGAAAUACAUUGCACAGGUGGUGGAGUUCUAUAUCUCACAGACAGAGGCAGCCAACCAUGCUGUCAGAGAGGCAGCAUGUGCCUGUAUUGCUGAGCUGGGCACAAAGGUGACCCCUGGAGUUCUGGGACCUCACAUCCCAGACCUAGUGAAGGUUCUUCUGCAGUGUUUCAGAGAUGACAGCUGGCUGGGUCAGAGAUGCAGCGUGUCUGGCAUGUGGGAACUUCAUGUCGUCGUUCCCCGAAGAGUGUCGACCGACUCUGUCUCAGCUCCUCCCCUCUCUUUCUUCUCCAGUCUGGAGGACUCCAUGCCCUCCGUCAGACAGGGGGCUGCCUCCUCUCUCUCCACUCUCGUCUCCGUCUAUGGGAGUGAGGUGGAGGAGAAGGUGAUGUCAGUACUCAGAGAGAGAAUACCUCUGGCUGCCACCCAGCCUCUCACUGACUCCAGGUACAAGGUUCUAUAUUCUACCUUCUCUAUCACAUUCACACGUAAUGUAUGGAACACGUUGUAGGAACUUGAGUUGAUUGUCUCAUCUGCUCCAUGACCAUAAUAGGCUAUGUCCGUGUGGUGUAGGUGUAAGAGUUAGGGGAUUAUCCAGGGUUUUCCCCUGUUGCCUGACAAUGCAUGUAUGCUGCUUAUACAACAUGUUGACUAUAUGCGGUGCGAAUGGUUCGUACACAUUGCAUCAUCGUUGUGUGUGAGAGCCAACUAGUUAGCGUGUAUUCCCGGCUGCCAACAAAUUGAGUGGACGUUGCUCUUAACCCUUGUGACUUCUUUGUAUGUAUGCAUGGCAUUGUCUACAGCAACAUCAGGUACCACAGCACCUGUCUCUCAUGGGACCCUCCUCCACAGACUCACCCCACCUGGCCAGGGGCCUCGGGAAGAGGACCCUUCAGAGACAUCUCGCAGCUCUUCAUCGACACAUUUUCUAUGGAGCCCGGCCAGUGACAGUGCACUGGUGAAAGGCAGCGGCUGCAGACUGUCGCACUUUCCUGAGUCAGUAUCUUGGCCAACGUCAUUCUGAGAGGUCGAAUAGAGCAGCACUCUCCGCGGUAAGUUG